AGAUACCCAUCUUAAUUCGUGGUCAAGGCGUAGCUAUGAUUCCGGCUUUACUCGACAGGGUCCAAUCAGACGAUCGGAUUUUGUCGGCCGGUCGCCAUGUUAUCAUUUUAGCGCAGUAAAUAUGCCGGAGCCGUCGAGCUGGGAAACCUGACCGGCAGGAGGAAUAUAUUGGCCAUUGGUUUCAUACCGGACGUGUGGCCUUAGAGCUUUACUUUUAAUACGUUCUCACCAUAAAAUUUUUGUAACCAAGAUUUGCUACAGAGUACAGAAUAUAACGGUCAUAAUGGAUUUAAGCGAUGAUGAAGAUUUUUAUGACUCUGAUCAGAGUGAUGUGGGCGAACAAAGCUUACAUACUAUGCUCAUUAAAACCCUUUAUGAUAAAGAUAAUGCAUAUGAAGAAUAUGUAGAACAAAUAGCUGGUGAAGAAGAAGCUUUGGAUAGUGUGCAAGAGGAAUUACUUGGCAAAGUGACAGAUGAUGGUGUUCAAGAAGAAUUUGCCAUAGGUCCAGUAUAUAGCGAGAAAGAAGAUACAAAUGAGAAUAAAAAGUCAAAAGAGCUAGAUUCAAUAUUUGUGAAAAAAUUAGAAAAUGCUGAAAAAGUAGUUUUAACACCAGAAGUUAUAGGCGAGUUAGAAAGAAAACAUUUUUUCGAUGUACUUGAUGAUGAUAAUUUUGAACCAAUAAAAAAAAAAAAAAAAUUAAACAAUGGCAAUAGUAAUAAUGCAAAUCCUCAUAAAACUAUUAUAAUGCAUAUACCUCGUUUCAUUCGAUGUAACAAAAUUAGUCAAUCUAUUCAAGUUCAAAAUAUUGUAUGCGGUGCAAACAUGGGAUGUCCUUUAGACUUGUUAAGAAUAGUGAUGUGGACUAGUAACUCUGAGUAUAAUCCAUUGCGAUUUAAUGGACUAAUUAUGCGUCUUCGUACUCCUAAUGUCACCAGUCUAUUAUUUCCAUCAGGCAAAAUGAUCAUGCAAGGCGCUAAAGAUGAUCAAACUGGAAAUAUAGGAUGUCGAAAAGUAGCCAAAAUUUUAGAGCAACUUGGACACAAUAUACAAUUUUGUGAUUAUACGGUACAUAAUAUUGUAUGUACAUGGGAUGUUGGUUUUCCAAUAAUGUUGGAAGAAUUAAAUACUGCUCACUCACAAUUUACCAGCUUUGAACCAGAAGUAUUUCCUGCAUUAAUUUAUCGGAUGGUCAGACCUCGAGCAGUGUUUUUAAUGUUUGUAAACGGAAAAGUAGUUUUGACAGGUCUCAAAACAAAAUCAGAUAUAAAAGAAUCUAUCUUUUUGAUGCAAGAUGUACUGAACAAUUUUCGAAAAACUUGACUUGAAUUUUAAUUUUUAAGUUAGCCUUUUUAAUUAUUGAAAUAUACAAAUUUAGUUAUUUAAUAAACUUA